AUGACAAAAAAAAGUCGCCAAAAUGUUUCUAAUAAUUUGAUUUCAGAAGGAAUUUUACAAGAAAUUAAGUCAUAUCGACCUUUACGUUUAUUUAUUAAGAAACAAAAAAAGAAAGGAAAUGAAACUAACCCAUUUGCUUUACGAUCGAAAUUUCUUCAAUUACCAACAGAAAAACAAACAAAAUAUAUUCAAAAAGCUAUUGAUAAAUAUAUUCAAUUACUUGAUGAAAAAAGUAUAAAUGAACAUGUGCAAGUCGAAGGCAAAUUAUUCGAAAACCUUUUGUCAAAAACAGAACAAAAAAAAUAUUUUGAAUCAAUUAAUGCACCAACAAAACCAGUGAAUACAGCAGCGGCUUAUUAUGCUGAAGUUAAAAAACAAGAAAAUGAUAAUAAUCCAAAAGCAUGGAAAUUAUUAAGUGCAGAGAAAAAGAAACAUUAUAUACAAAAGUUAAAUGAUGCUAAAAAUGAAUAUUCUGCUCAAACAAAAAAUUUUUCUGAAAAUUUACCUGAACAUCUUAAAGUAGAAUAUUUAUCAUUUAUUAAUCAAGCUCAUCAUGGUUCACAUGUUAAUGAUAAUAAUGAUGAAAAUACAAAUCCAGUACCAAUACGUCAACGUCGUAAAUCUGUUCAAUCAUUACCUGAAAAUUUUCAACUAACUACAAAUGAUAAUCAACAAAAAUUAACUCGAAUUCAACUUGAUAAACUACAUAAAUGUAAACCAGAUAUUCUUUAUUAUGAAAAAAAAGUUUCUGAUGAUGAAAAGCCAACAUUCAUAAAUUCAACAGCAAAAAAUGCUUAUAUACGAUCAUUAUUUAAUCAAUUAAGUGAAAAAAAAAGACAUAAAUUUAUAUUAAAAUCAACUAAAAAAUGGGAAGAAUAUCUUGAAUCAAAUCCAACAAUAUCUGAAGAUCAAAUUCCAACACUUCAUUUAUUAUUAGGAAAAAAUGAUGAUAUACAUUAUUAUUUUUCUUCUCUUGGUUUACCAGUACGACCACCGGUAAGUGCACUUUAUUUAUAUAACAAUGAAAGACAACAAACAAAUUCACAACAAAAUUGGACUGAUUUAUCUCAAACAACAAAAGAUGAAUAUAUAAAACGUUCAUCAAAACUUAAACAUGAAUAUCAUCAAAAAUUGAUUGAAUUUGUUGAAAAAACUUUACCAUCGGAUUAUAUGAAACUGGAAUUUUUUCGUAAUGUUAAAUAUGCAGCUAAGGAUUAUGACAUAGCUAUAAAAGAUCAAGUUAAUGAAAAAGAUGAUGGACAAUUAAAAAUUACUCAAUAUUUAGUACAAAAACAAAAAAUGGACUCUAAUGUUAUCGAUGAUUUUGAUCGAAUAAAACAAGAGCUAUUAUCAACCAAUUUAACAAACGAACAGAAAAAACUUGUUGAACACCUUGGGAAAAUUAUGAAUAAAUAUAUAGAUGAAACAGUAGGUGAUAAUUUAUUAAGAAAAAUAGCUUUUUCAAGAUCAGCACAUCCUUUUUUUCCAUAUAAUUGA